AUGGGGCUUAUUUCAUAUGAAAAUGAGACGAUAAACAAGGUGAAAAAGGCAGAUGGCCACCACGUCAGCAAAUUUGUGACUAGUUACUAUGGAUCUUCAUCAUCGUCAUGGCAGUCGGGAAGAUGGAUUUUGUUUGUACUGUUCGUUGCCGCUAUAGUCCUUAUAUUACUGUCCACUUUUUUAGCUAAUAGAAGAAGACAAAGGAUGGGACGUGCUCCUAUUAGAGGUACAGCAUGGUUGACGCCGCCCUCAUACAGGCAGUCCCAGCAACAAUAUACUGGCACUGUUCAGCAGCGGACAGACGAUUAUGUUCCUGAAUAUACAGAAACAGCAAACGAACAUGAUUUGGGUUACUAUGAUGAGCGGGGCGAAUUUCACCCCAACGACAAGGCCGCAUACGUGGCCCCCCCGCCAUUGGUACAAGAAUGUUCAUCAGAAUCUGUUAAUUCUUUGGAAAGACCACCCGCCGCUGUGGUUCAUCGAACUAACUCUUCAGAUAUGGAUUACGAUUUAACAAGACCGAACAAUGAGCGAGUUGCAGCUGUUGGUGACACGGCAGAGCAACUGGAAAGGUUUCCGGGCGCAAGUGGAACGCAGGAAAUUAAUCCGCCGGAGAGGGCAAAGGUAAACGCAAGGUCAUGA